UAAGUAGUUCAAUAGAACUUAUUCUGAACAAUUUAUUCUGUUCGUCAUUAUAUUUUUGUUUUUUAAAAAUGGCUGAUACCAAGGGCUUUUCAAGCAUCGAGACUCCCGGCUAUGUGGGGUUUGCCAAUCUUCCAAACCAAGUGCAUCGAAAGUCUGUUAAAAAAGGCUUUGAAUUUACGCUUAUGGUUGUGGGUGAAUCUGGUUUGGGCAAAUCCACACUGGUCAAUAGUCUCUUUCUAACCGAUUUAUAUCCGGAACGCAUUAUACCCGAUGCCGUAGAGAAACAAAUGCAGACAGUUAAGCUGGAAGCGUCGACAGUGGAGAUUGAGGAACGCGGUGUGAAGCUGCGUCUGACCGUUGUGGACACGCCUGGCUUUGGUGACGCCAUUGACAAUUCAAAUAGUUUUAGUGCCAUACUCGAGUACAUCGAUGAGCAAUACGAACGUUUUCUCCAAGAUGAGAGCGGCCUUAAUCGUCGGAACAUUGUGGACAAUCGCAUACAUUGUUGUUUCUACUUUAUAUCACCAUUUGGACAUGGUCUUAAGCCCUUGGAUGUGGAGUUCAUGAAAAAGCUGCACUCGAAGGUGAACAUAGUGCCCGUUAUAGCCAAGGCGGAUUGUAUAACUAAGAAGGAGAUAUUACGCUUGAAAUGCCGCAUUAUGCAGGAGAUUGAAAGCCAUGGCAUUAAGAUUUAUCCACUGCCAGACUGUGAUUCCGAUGAGGACGAAGACUAUAAGGAGCAAGUUAAGCAAUUAAAGGAAGCAGUGCCUUUCGCCGUCUGCGGCGCCAACACUUUGCUUGAGGUCAAGGGCAAAAAGGUGCGUGGUCGCUUAUAUCCCUGGGGCGUGGUUGAGGUUGAGAACCCCGAGCAUUGUGACUUUAUCAAGCUACGCACCAUGCUCAUCACGCACAUGCAGGAUCUGCAGGAGGUCACACAGGAGGUGCAUUAUGAGAACUAUCGUUCCGAUCGUCUGGCCAAGGGUAUUAAAGGCAAAGAGAACGGCAUCAAAUCGGAUCGGGAUCACAAUGGGCCCACCCAAGUAGGUGUCAGCAGUGUUCUCAAUGAAAAGGAUCGCAUACUGCAAGAGAAGGAGGCCGAGUUGCGGCGUAUGCAGGAAAUGCUGGCGCAGAUGCAGGCACGCAUGCAGGCACAGAAGUGAGUGCAAGUGAGAUCGGGAAUGGAAAUGGGACUUCGAACGCUCCCACAGGUGCUUGCCUCAACGAUUCUCACACACAUAUACACACAGCAGGGAUGAAGAUGGUAUAGUAAGCAAACAAAGCAAGAAACAAAAUUUAAGAAUUUUUAUAUACAUAGUUGAAGAGAAAGAGAUAGAGAGAUAAAGAGAGAGAAAUAUAGAGGGAAAGUAGCGCACGCUUGUGCAAUUUACAUAUUAAUAUAAACAUAUAUAUACAGAUAUAUAUUUUGUAUGCAGUUUUUAAGUUGCGAUUGCGAAUUUUGCGUA